CGCCGAUACCAUGAAAAUGAUAUUUUCGUUCACAGUGCAUGAUACUCCAAACGUUCCAUGGCGACAAACCAAGAUCAGCAGCAAAUUUCCUAGUACUUGUAGUGGGAUCAUCUUCAAACGCUUGGAGGAUUAGAUCUUCGGCUUCAGGAGGAUAUCGACCUCGAUUAACACCAGGUUCAUUAAGUGUUAGACUUCCAGUCUCGUAAAGACAUCGUUGUGCUGAUGAAUAUAGCGACCGGUGCAAUGGUAACCUGGUCAUCUCCUGUCAUUCCAAAACUGACAACUGGCAACUACUACGGUCGACCUCUAACUACCGAUGAAACGACUUGGAUGACGUCAUUAAUGACACUUGGUGCCGCUGUCGGUACCUUAGUUUCAGCAUGUAUCGCUGACCGUAUCGGAAAAAAGAAGGCUAGUUUGGUCAUGUUAGCACCGUCGGUUCUUGGAUAUGCUGUCAUUUCUAUAGUACGUGUCAUUGGAGUGCUAUAUUUCUGCAGAUUUUUAGCAGGUCUCAGCAUCGGAGGAAUGACAACAGUCGUGCCAACAUAUACAGGAGAAAUAGCAAGCAAAGAAAAAAGAGGUUCUAUGCUAGCCAUCGUAGGAUCAUCUGCAGUUUUAGGAUUUCUAUUUUCUUACUCUGUUGGACCAUACGUUUCAGUCCUAACAUUGAACUUACUCAUUAUGGGCUUAUCACUAUUAUCAGGAACCUUGUUCAUGAUCUUCGCAUCAGAAACAGCUUAUUUUUACAUUCUAAGAGGUGACAAGCAAGGUGCUGAAGCCGCCCUACGUCGAUUCAGAUCUUCUGAGGAAGAAAUCAAAAUGGAACUACUUGAAAUAUCAAUCAGAAUAAGGGAAGAGCCUCAAGGGAAUAUAUUUGACUUGGUGAAAUCUACAACAGUUCUUAAAUCAUAUUUUGUGGCAGUGAUGUUACUUGUCUUUCAAAAUUUAACUGGAAUUACCGCUGUACAAUACUACUCCCAGCCAAUCUUUGAUAUGAUUGGGGUAGAUAUACCCACAGAACUUUGCCCUAUAAUAUUAGGGUGUAUACAGUACGUCGGGGGCUUUACAGCUUUAUUCGUUUACGACAAGUUUGGAAGAAAGAUUAUCAUGUACGUUACAGCUGUUGUAAUGAUCCUGGCAGAAGUCCCUUUGGGAGUAUUUUGUUACUUGAAAGACAGAGGAGAUGAUGUUAGUUCCAUAAGUUUCUUGCCUUUAGUUUGUUUAUCAGUAUUUAUAUUUUUCUACAAUCUCGGGUGGGGAAUGAUUCCAUGGGUUAUAGCUGCUGAAAUAUUUCCAGCAAAGCUCAGGGUUACUGGGAUAUGUGCAGUCGCAUUUAUCAAUUGGAUAAUGGUUUUUAUCAUAACAAAAACAUUUGAUAGUAUGGUGCGAACAUUCACCUUGGGCGUAUUGUUUUGGAUAUUUGCUACAUCUUGCUUAAUAUCGAUUAUUUUUGUGAAAUUUAUGGUAACAGAAACGAGGGGAAAAUCGUUGGAAGAAAUUCAAGAUGCUCUAAAGAAAAAGGCGACAUCUCCAAAGUAAUCUUAACGAGGUUAACGUUGUUAUGAUAGUUACAAAUACAUACACUGUAUUCUAGAAUAUAUUUGCAAUCUCUCAAAUUCUUAUAGAAACAUGAAAAUAUAUUUCAAUGAAAAAUGUGAUCAACCUCUAAAAACAGCCAUUGCGGCGUAUUCCACUGCCUAGCUAUAGAGUGAUGUGCUUUUUUGUUAUUUAUUAUAUAUCAAUUGUGGAAAAUAAAAUAAUCGUUUUUUUUUCUUGUAAUACAAUAUUGACUUUAUUAUUUUUGUAUAUUCAUAAUGCUAAUGGUAGCGAUGACCGCAUCAUUAUUGAUGUUAUUUACCUAUGUCAGCCGGAGUAUUCCUUCAUUUCAAUGCUUAUUUUUUUAAGUAACAAUUUUUGUUUAAAGUAGCC